CUGGUCACGCUCCCGCGGCCGCUGUCCAUCCAGGAUCUAGCCAUGCCGCCGGCGCACGGCUCCCAGCUGCGCGUCGCGUACCAGGGCGUCCCGGGGGCGUACAGCGAGUCCGCGGCAUCCAAGGCCUACCCGGGCUGCGACCCCGUCCCCUGCGAGCAAUUCGAGGCGGCGUUCCAGGCCGUGGAGCUCUGGAUCGCGGACCGCGCGGUACUGCCCAUUGAGAACUCCUUGGGCGGUAGCAUCCACCGGAACUACGACCUCCUGCUGCGUCACCGGCUGCACAUCGUGGGGGAGGUGCAGCUGGCGGUACACCACUGCCUGCUGGCGGUACCGGGCGUACGGAAGGAGGAGCUCCACCGCGUGAUCAGCCACCCCCAGGCGCUGGCUCAGUGCGAGAACACGCUUACCCGGCUGGGCGUGGCGCGGGAGUCCGUGGAGGAUACCGCCGGUGCCGCGCAGCUCAUCGCCCAGAACCCGCUGGCGAUGCGCGACACCGGGGCGGUGGCCUCCUCCCGCGCCGCCGAGCUGUACGGGCUGGACGUGCUCGAGGAGGACAUCCAGGACGAGGAGGGCAACAUGACGCGGUUCCUCAUGCUGGCGCGCGAGCCCAUCAUACCGCGGACGGACCGCCCGUUCAAGACGAGCGUCGUGUUUGGGCUCGAGGAGGAGUCCGCCGGCUCGCUGUUCAAGGCGCUGUCCGCGUUUGCGCUGCGCGGCAUCAACCUCACCAAGAUCGAGAGCCGGCCGCAGAGGAAGCGGCCGCUGCGCGUGGUGGACGAUAGCAACCACGGCACCGCCAAGUACUUUGAGUAUCUCUUCUACAUCGAUCUCGAGGCGUCCAUGGCGGAUCCGCGGGCACAGAACGCGCUGGGCCAACUCCAGGAGUUUGCGAGCUUCCUCCGGGUGCUCGGGAGCUAUCCCAUGGACAUGACGCCGGUGUCCAAGACCGUGCCGUGCGACACAGACGAGGAGCUCGGGGAGGUGGCGGCGGCGGCGGUGGAGCGUCCGUCGCGGGCGGUGAACGGUGCGUGCAACGGCGCUGCCGCGUGAUUCUUUCUUCUUUCCAGACUGUAAGAUUGGAAUUUCAUGGAAAGCAAAAAGAGCGACAGAACACACCAAGAGCGUUGUUUCCAAGUGGUGAUUUUCUUGUGGGAUUCCACUGCCAGAAUAAGAUAGAUAUUUUUUUGCGCA